AGCAGGCGGGGCUUUCACCCCGGGGGGCUGGGCGGAGGUGCACCGGGCUCAUAGGUUCCCCUGGAGCAUUUUGUAACCAACGGUAGCCAACUUGGGAGGCUGCUGACACGAAGAUGGAGCUGGAACUGCGGGGCACGUGUGUGCCUGCUCAUCACCCGGGGACAGUUUCAGGAUCCAGAAAGCCUUCACGAUCCGCCCUACCCCCCCCCUCAGGCAGCAUGGGCACCUGUCCGCAUCAGGAGAGCACGGCCAACUUGGGGAGAAGGGCACCGGGCCUCACUUUCUCAUGCCAGUUGUGACAUUUUGUCGGAGGCAGCCUCUGGACAGGACUCCUUUCUUGUAAGCACUGGUGGGUGUUUUAAGAUGUGUUCUGCAUUUUUUUAGUCCAUGAUUGAGAGAACGGUAAGGCUUCUCCUGGGACCAGCUUUAGAAAGCCUCUCCUGGUCUUUGGAUUUCAUCCCCCUGGCACCAGCACUUACCCAGCCCUGGGCCACAGCAUUCCAGUCUCCUGGUGGGCACAAAUCUGUGUUCUCUCUCUUUGUGUCUAAGUAAGUCUUUUCUUAAAAUGUGGUCUUUAGAAUCCAGCCCUAUACAGGAUUGCUGUGGAAGCGUCAUCUCCUAUAACCCCCUCCCCGACCCGUGUUCUUCUUGGCAGAAUCUGAGCUCUCUCUCCUAGGUCUAAGGUGGUCCCGCCAGAGCCUCUUCCACAGUUUCUUCGUAAAAGACUUCCUCCCUAGCUCUCCCUGCUGGCUCGUGUUCUUGGCUGUUCUGUCUCUGACUUUUCUUCAGCUGCUUCUCUGGUGUCGUGGAGGCACAUGUGCAGAUAAACACAGGUUCAAAGGCUCACGCUUCACCUUAAAAAAGACCUGCUGGUCUGGUUAUCUCUUCCGCACAGCUACCUAACUGUAAACAGUCUGCCUCCGCAAAACAGGUUCUGAUGGUGAGAGCGGCCGUGUGUGGGCAGCACCGGACAGAAGAGGAGAGGGCACGGUGGGGGCUCUCGGUCACGAGGCCCUCGGUGAGGCCUGUGGCAGAGCUCCCAAGAACCCCCCAGGAGCCCCAGAGGGAGCUGGUUAUUUCUCAUGCCCCAGGGACAUCCUGGACAGUAAGUCACAUCUGGAACCAGAAGCCCCGUGGCUGUUUAUUACCCUCUGAUGCCGUCCCCUGACAGCCUGUAUCUGUUUGGGUAGCUCAGCCCCGGGCUCCCUCUGGCCUCUGGCCGCCUUUCAUUCUCUUACCAGCGCUGUCCGUCGGUCCUUCCACCUCAGUGUCCUCACCAGCAGCCCAUGCGCACAGGUCUUAGAAAAAGCAGAACACUGACUCUUAAGGGUGGACACAGGGAAUGAUAGACUUGAGUACUCUGUGUGCCAUGGCCUCUUGGGGUAGGUGCUGUCAUUCUUUCUUUGGUACAAGAGACCGCGUUCCCAAGUGUCACGGCAAAGCCAGGGUUUGUGCCCAGGCAGUCAGGCCUGGGCUGGCCUCUUAGCCACGCCCCCUCCCCCAACCAGUGCUCUUAGAGCAGUGACCUUAGAGACCCUGGGGACUGCUGAGCCUUACAGCCCCCUGCCCAUCGGCACCCAGACCAGCGAGCAGGCUUCUCUGGGCAGAGUCCCAGAGUCCCUGCCUGGCUGUCAGCGAGCCUGUGCUUACCCGGGUCUGCACGUGGGGACCACGACGUGAGCCAUCGACACCAUCUGAAAAGGCUGUGGAAGCUGGGCUCUGCCACUCAGGACAGCUCCGGGUGCCUGAGGGCCCGGCCUGCUUGCCUUCUUGGGCCCCUGAGACACUGGCCUAUCCUGGCACACCAGCGCGUGCGGGAGGCUGGGGCGGGAGUGACACAUCGCAGGUGCCGCUGGAGUCCAUGUGCCGGCCGUGUGGCUUCUCCAGUUGGGCCCGCGGGUCUGGUGUGGGAGAGCAGACCCCUCGGCUGGCUCUGUCCGCGGACAAGCCCCUUGGCACCGGCCCCUUGGGCACGUGCGGGCAGAACCUCCUUGGAAGAGGCGGGCACUGCCUGUCGCCGCUCAGCACACCACAGUCAGUGUGGACACCUGGCCGCGGGCCGAUCACAGAGAGCGGCCGGGUUCAGGCGGGGUCCACGUGCCUUCUCGAGACACCCGAGCUUCCCCGCCUCCUCCCGCUGGCACAGAGGUGCCCUUCACACAGCCUGUGCAUCUCUCGCCGGAGUCGUGGCCCUCAGGCCUGCCCUGGACCCUGCCUUCCACUGACGACGUGGUCAUGGCUCGUCCCGAGUGCUCCCGUGGCCUUGCCUUCUACGCGUGUUUUCACAGCUUUGUUGACAUUCAGUCUCAUGUGCACAGUUCAGGGCUGCCUGGAGUGUGCGGUGUUGAGCAGUCCUCUCCCGUCAGCCCUCGAUCCCUGCUGUCUCCCCAGGAAGAAGCCUCACCCCUGUUAGCAACCAGACCCUGGCGCCCCCGCCCCAGAAACCACCAGUCUACAUUCUGCCUACGGGUGACGGGUGGGUCUGUUCUGGACUUUUCACGCAAACGGAAUCAUACACCACACGUCCCGAGCGUGGUGAUUCCGAGGCUCACUCCGGGGCGGCGUCCUCCAGUCCUUCACUCGUCCUGGGUUCCUUCACCUUCACACGUCUGUGUGUCCAUCACCCACGGACAACAUGGCUUGUUUCCACCUCGUGGCUCUCGUGGCGAUGCUGCCGUGGCCCCCACUGGGAUGGCAGCUGGGCUCUCCUCCAGUGACUGGGUGCAGAGGGCGGCCUCCCUCGGCCAUUAGGCUGAGCAGACCCUUGAGGCGGUGAGCGCGCCGGCUCUGGGCGGGUGGGCGCCUGGUUACACGCCUGCCAGGGGUGCCUGGGGAGUGCGCACCGGGUGAGGUAAGGGACGGGCGGGUGCUGUGGGGAAAAGGCUGCUGGGGAUUUUCUUGGCCUCAGGCCGAGCCGGGCCUUCUCACAUACAGUGUGAGUACAGAUGCUGAUGAGCUGGGGUGGGGGGCGCCCCAGAUGCCAGCGUGUGGGAGGACGGCCCAGCCCUGGGCGGCAGGAGUCCUCAGCUGCCUUUUCCUGGGAACGAGGUGGGAGAAGGCUGACCGCUUAGCUCGGCGGAGUGGUCUAUACCCAGGGGAGCCCUCUCCUCCCGUGUCCCUCCCACCCCGCCUGCAGGGUGCACACAGGUGAGAGGACAGCUGGCCUCACCCUGAUGCCCUGCAGUGUUUCUCGUGGGUGUGGGCCUGGCCCCGUCUCGUCUCGGGGCUGAGCGCUCACUCCCCUGGGGCUGUGGCGGCUCUGUGUCGGCAUCUGCACAUCCUAGGUCAGCAUCACGGCUCAGCGGUCCCCGCGGCGCUUCCUAAGAAGCGGGACCGACGUGGUCCUGCGAUCGAGUUCCUUCUUGCUGCCCCCCUGGCUGUCUUCCAGCCCGGCGUUCCCACUGCCUGAGUGACAGGCAGCACUGAGGGGGCGUGGGGGGCGCGAGGGCUUGCUGCCGUGGCCCAAGCACAUCUGUGUCCCCUGGCUGUCCUCGUGAUGUGGCAUCUCCAGGACAGUGCCAGAGCUCAGGGCUGCAAAGAGCCUCGGGUGCCUGAGUGCGUGCCCAGGGCCGUGAGGAUCCCUGCUCAGCAGUCAAGAGCCUAAGCAAGGCCCCUCUGUCGCCAUGCUCAGGCACCGUCCCACGGCUGGUGACACUCAACCUGGACAGCUUUGGCCCUGCCUCGUCCAAUGAGUCUUGGCCCUUGGAGCCCUGCGGUUUCCUCUCCCGGAACUUUUCAUGAUCUCACUCCUGAGAAUUUUGUGGGUGGAGUGUCUCCAGGGCCCUCUGCACUGCCCCCCGCGUCCCCAGAGCAGCUGAGGCGCUGUCACCACAUGGCUGAGCUCUCCCACCGCGGCUGGGGCUUUUGCUGGGCGCGGUGCCCCGGGGCCAGCACGGGUCCUGGGGAGCCACGGCCACUGCUGCACCGGCAUCCUGGGUUCUGCGGGGAGUGCCUCCAGCCGUGCCUGCAGGUCCCGUCCCCGCUGUGCCCGCUGUGCCGCCUGCCGUUCGACCCCAAGAAGGUGGACAAGGCUGCCCACGUGGAGAAGCAGCUCUCAUCCUACAAGGCGCCCUGCAGGGGCUGCAACAAGAAGGUGACGCUGGCCAAGAUGAGGGUGCACGUUUCCUCCUGCAUGAAGGUCCAGGAGCAAAUGGCCAACUGCCCCAAAUUCGUCCCCGUGGUGCCCACAUCCCAGCCCAUCCCCAGCGCCGUCCCCAACAGGUCCACCUUCACUUGCCCCUACUGUGGCGCCCGAAACCUGGACCAGCAGGAGCUGCUGAAGCACUGUGUGGACAACCAUCGCAGCGACCCCAACCGCGUGGUGUGCCCCAUCUGCUCGGCCAUGCCCUGGGGGGACCCCAGCUACAAGAGCGCCAACUUCCUGCAGCACCUGCUACACCGGCACAAGUUCUCCUACGACACCUUUGUGGACUACAGCAUCGAUGAGGAAGCGGCCUUCCAGGCGGCCCUGGCCCUGUCUCUCUCCGAGAACUGAAGGCACAGCCCAGCCCCGGGACCUGAGCCCUCCCGCCUCGGGGGACGGGGCCGUGCAGGCUCCCUGAGGCCCAGCGCCUGCGUGGGAGUGGGAGUGCGCCUCGGGGACCAGGCGGGGCCUCCGUUGUCGCAGGAGGGGCGGCCCCCCGAGCCCGCCGGGCCGCGUCCUCACGGGGCGGCCACCAGUGCUCCUGGCCGGGCAUUGCUGGUUUCUUCGGUGCUUCGAGCUGAGCAGGUGGCCCUGGUAGGGCCGGCUCGUUGGGCCUGGGAGCAGUCGACUGUCUGUCUGUCUGUCUCAAAGCCAUGAUGUCCUCCCCGUACGCACGGAGACCCGUCCUGCCCACGCUGCGUCCCGCAGGCCUGGCCGCCGCACGGGAAGCGCGGGAGGGGAGCCCUGGCCGGCAUCUGGCAGCGCUUUCCCUUUGCGCGCACGGUACUGGCUUUUGUGAUACCUGGAGAUUCUGGCCUUUUUCUACGUCACCCAGUGUGAGAACCUUUUCACAUUUUAUAGAACAGCUACUCUACAAACCGCAAUCCCGCGUUUGACCAGGGGCAAUAGUAUUUUUAUGGAACAUUUACAGAAUUAUAUUUUUUAAAAAAAAAGCAAUCAAAAAUAAACAGUGGUGGGGUCAGUGCAGGGGAGGGAAAGAGGCGGGCAGACCUCGGAGCCCUAGCGCGGCCGCGGGGCUUUGCUGGGGUGCGCGCAGGACCACGGUGGCCAGGGUCCCUUUCAUAGUCGCCAGGAAGAAGCCCCCAGUGCCCCCCUGGCUGCUCACAGUGCAGGCCUCCUCCUGCCAGGGUCCUGGCCUCGGCCCCGCUGUCACCUUCCCAAGCGGACCACGGACCGUGUAGGCCACCCCAGGGGACGACAGGCGGGGCUGGAAGACGCCAUCUCACUCUUUUCGGUUCACGGCAUAAAUUAUUGCUCUUUUAAAAAAAAACGUAAAUAAAACGUUUCAAAGCA